GUCACAUCCUAGCUGAGUGCAGCGACUAGCAGGAGGCGUGCCUCAAAAUUAGCAUGUGUCCUGCUACAUAUACCGGGUAACCAACCACCUUGCUCACCAGUCGUUUUUGAGAAGCAACGAUACUUGACAAUGCCAGAGCCAGCAAAGCCCGCGCCCAAGAAGGGCUCCAAGAAAGCCGUUUCCAAGACCGCCGUGAAGGGCGGCAAGAAGCGUAGAAAGUCCAGGAAAGAGAGCUACGCCAUCUACGUGUACAAGGUACUGAAGCAGGUCCACCCCGACACCGGCAUCUCCUCUAAGGCCAUGGGAAUCAUGAAUUCCUUCGUCAACGACAUUUUCGAGCGUAUCGCCGGAGAAUCGUCUCGCCUGGCUCACUACAACAAGCGAUCAACCAUCACCUCCAGGGAAAUCCAGACCGCUGUCCGCCUUCUGCUCCCCGGUGAACUGGCCAAGCACGCCGUCUCCGAGGGCACCAAGGCCGUGACCAAGUACACCAGCUCCAAGUAA